AUGGAAAAAUCCAAAAAUUUUCGCAUUGAUGCGCUUCUAGCCGUUGAUCCGCCGAAAGUGCAAACCUCGCCUUUGGCACUAGUAACCUCUUUAUCCUCCUCUUCGCUUUCAUCGUCCGGAAGUGCACCAGCCUCUGAGUUGAACACUAGCACAGAUUCCUUGAGAACAGAAACCCCGUCUCCGCCGAGGAUUUCUUCGUGUGGUUUGAUUCCUAAACCUGGUUUCCUGAACAGUCCGCACUCCGGCAUGGUCGGAUUACACCCUCAGAGCACCGCGGGCAUACCCCCUCAAGCUCUAUACGGCCAUCCGAUGUACACUUACUCGGCGGCUGCCCUGGGUCAGCACCCUGCCCUGUCCUACUCUUAUCCUCACGGUUCCCACCAUCACCAUCCCAGCGAAUCUAUUAAACUUACUGCUGGAACCUUUCAACUUGACCACUGGCUCCGUGUCUCCACAGCAGGAAUGAUGCUUCCGAAAAUGCCUGAUUUUAACUCUCAAGCGCAGUCUAAUUUACUGGGGAAGUGCCGGAGACCAAGGACUGCAUUCACAAGCCAGCAGCUCUUGGAACUAGAACAUCAGUUCAAGCUAAAUAAAUAUCUGUCAAGACCGAAAAGAUUUGAAGUGGCCACCUCUUUGAUGCUAACGGAAACGCAGGUGAAAAUAUGGUUUCAAAACAGACGCAUGAAGUGGAAGAGAAGUAAAAAGGCCAAAGAGCAAGCCGCACAGGAGGCCGAAAAACAGAAAAGCAACAAAAACAGUCAGGAUAAAUCAGACGGCCAGGACCAAAAGGAUUAUCAGAAGAUCGAUUCUGUCAAAAACAGCAGAAUAAGAGACUUCAGAGACAGUGACGACGAAGAGGGGGACAAUUUCCUGUACAACUCUUCAGAUUGCUCAUCGGACGACGAACGAAAUCACACCGGUGAAAUCAGUCCACAGCAGUGAGACAAUAAGGUGAUAAGAUGAAGAAAAGACGCAUUUCAUAUUUUUUCAAUGAUUCGUUUACAGUAACAGUGCUUUUGACAAAAUAAGUUGCAUGUAUUAACUACCUGCCAAAUUCAAUGUGGAUAUUUGAAAAAAAGGUAUUUAGUUCUU